UUUAUUGCGGGUUACCAAUUGAAUCGCAUACAGUAAUUUGAAGUGAUUUUAUUCGUUAAAUAGUCGCCUGUUUAAAGAUGAAAAAUGGAAAGAUGUCGUUUUGUGGGCAAUAGUUGCGAUCUACGGGAAGUCGGAAAAUCCAAUUUUUUUACUGUAUUUAUUUCGUCACGUGUUGUUAUUGACCUGCUCAGAGAUGUCAUUGUUGACCAAUCAAAUCGUGUUCCUGUCCAGAGGUAAUUGUGACGUAUAUUCUGGAGGCCCGUAGAGAAUUGUGGGAAACCCUUGGACGAUGUGUAGUUCGACAACUCUGAUGAUCGGUGUUGGAGUUGGAAUUUAGUGCGAGGAUUUUCAAAGCUGCACAAUCAGCCGGGUUUGACAAUUUUCAGGCAUUUGUAUGGUACAAUCAAGGAAAAUGACCUCUGGAACCAUCAAAGUCUCACGAAAGCUGCCUCCGCCAGAACAAGACGGUAGAACGAUCGUUCCACAGACGAAGAAAAGGAGAACGCUGGAAGAUUUCAACACGUUUUGUAGCCUUAUUCUUGCGUACGAAGCCAGACAAGAGGAUGUUCGCCAGCGCAACAGAAGUCCAAACUCGCUGGAAAGUGUCUCAUCGAGUACGGAUUCAGCAUACAGCGAAACGGCUUCUUCGCCGGCUAGUACGAGUGGCGACGAGAGAUUACUCGACGACGUCGACGAAGAAUACAGCUCUGAUGAUGAAUCAUGGAACAAGAUAACGUGCUACUGCCAAAAACCUUUCGCUGGACGACCCAUGAUCGAAUGUUCCGAGUGUCUAACAUGGAUUCACUUAUCCUGCGCCAAGAUCAGGAAAUCGAACGUUCCGGACGUCUUCAUCUGCCAGAAAUGUCGGGACGCAAAACACACUAUGCGACGUUCGAAUCGAGUUCGAACUCAACCAAAGACUAAGGCCAUCAAUUUUAAACCGUAGUUAGUGGUUCUGUAUUUUAUGAUACAUCACCGAUCGUAAUAACAGCAAUAUCUAGUUCUCGUUCAGUCAUUGCUUUCACUAUAUAAAUUUGUAAUUAAUGCGAUAUACUAAAAUGAUCGUGGCGGGCGAUCACAUGUUACUGAAUGGGAUCAUGGAAUAUUGUUAGCCGUUUGUUUUGCCUGCUUCGUACGACGAAGUAGUUCGAGUGUUUUUCUCUGGGCUGGGUAGAGUUUCACGUGUAAAUUUCUUAACAAUUUCAAGCCAAGCCCAGUUUUUCAUGAAACCGUGUACAGAAGUGCGAAGAUGUUCGAUAAGAGUAUAUAUUUUAUGAAAUACUACAACAUGUAGAUUACAUGCACCGCGCGCGCGCUCUCAAGCCUGUUCGUAUGUUUGCUAGUCCGUCUUUGGACCGCGUCGUUAAGGUUUGUACAAAAGAAUAAUAAAGGAAAAAACUUUAUACUCAA